UAAACAUGAAGUCACUCUUUCAAAAGCUUUUCUGUCAAUGGCCUCUAGUCAUUCUUUGGUGUUAUGCCAUAGCCAUAAUCUUUCAACAUGUUUAUGCAGUGAGUCUUCCAAACAAUGAAACUGUGCCAGCAGUCAUUGUAUUUGGGGACUCUAUAGUGGAUCCAGGAAACAACAACUAUAUCACCACUCUUGUCAAAUGCAAUUUCCCACCAUAUGGCAGAGAUUUUGAUGCAGGAAAUCGUCCAACUGGGAGGUUCAGCAAUGGCUUAGUCCCUUCAGACAUCAUUGCUGCAAAAUUUGGAGUGAAGAAGCUUUUACCUGCUUAUCUUGAUCCAAAUUUGCAACUCCAAGAUCUCCUCACUGGUGUAAGCUUUGCCUCAGGUGGUGCUGGGUAUGAUCCUCUAACAGCUGAAAUAGUGUCUGUGAUAUCAUUAUCAGAUCAAUUAGACAUGUUCAAGGAGUACAUAAUGAAGAUAGAGGAAGCAGUUGGAAGAAGCAGAACAGCGAUAAUAGUAUCUAAGAGCAUAUACAUAUUGUGCUUAGGAAGUGAUGACAUUGCCAAUACUUAUGCUCAAACACCAUUUAGGCGUUCCCAAUAUGAUAUUCCAUCAUAUACAGAUUUAAUGGCUUCACAAGCCUCAAACUUCUUACAGGAACUUUAUGGAGUAGGAGCUAGAAGAAUUGGAGUAUUUGGCUUACCAGUUAUAGGGUGUGUGCCCUCACAGAGAACAAUUGGUGGAGGCAUGCAAAGAGCAUGUUCAGAUUCUUCCAACCAAGCAGCAAUACUCUUCAAUUCAAAGCUCUUCUCCCAAAUGGAUGCACUUGGAAAAAAGUUUUCAGACGCUAAGCUUGUGUAUCUCGAUUCGUACAACCCAUUUAUGGACAUUCUUCAAAACCCUGCUAAAUAUGGUUUUGAAGAGACGGAGAAAGGGUGCUGUGGCACAGGGAAUAUAGAAGUCGGCAUUUUGUGCAACCCUUACAGCAUAAACACAUGCUCAAACUCUUCAAACUACGUAUUCUGGGAUAGUUAUCACCCUACAGAGAAGGCUUAUAAUGUGCUUUGUUCUCUUGUGCUUGAUAACAAAAUCAAGGACUUCUUUUGA